GGUAACGCGUGCGGUAGAGUGUAAUUCACCAGUAUACGGCUACAAACAUAACAAAUUAAAUACUGGAUAAAAGAAGAAAUAGUUUACAAUUAUUACAUUAUCAAAGCAUUGCGUCGCGUAAUAUAGCUUACAUAAAAAUGUUGGUACGCUUUGGUGUACUUCAGAGGUUCAGAGGUGCCGGUUUUAACUGACCUAUUUAAACUGCCCUCUUCCUCUCUUUUCAAGUUUUCCAAGUUAAAUUUUUUUUUAUAUCCAGUGGUUCACGUUAACUUAUAUAUUCUGAUCUGUUGUCGAGAAACGGAGUUAACAGGGCAACAUGCAGGGUGCAAUGAAUGUUGAGUUUCCACUGGUUGGUGAUGCAGAGAUUGAUAAAAAAGUUAACGAAUGGCAGCAGUGGGAUAAGAAUGAGAAGACAAGAGGAGACAUAUAUUCCCUUUGCUUGUCCAAGGACAUGGAUAAGCUGAGAAAACUGUUACUGUCUCGACUAAAGUUUGGAACAGCAGGGUUGCGUGGUCAGAUGGGACCUGGCUACUCCCAAAUGAAUGACCUUGUCAUCAUUCAGACAGCACAGGGAUUGGUGGUUUACCUUGAAGAAACUCUCAGGGAUGUGACCCACAGUAACGGUGUUGUAAUUGGCUAUGAUGGCAGACACAACAGUAGGAGGUGGGCUGAGUUGACUGCGGCUAUUCUAUUGAACCAUAACAUUCCUGUGUACUUGUUCUCGAAACUGUGCCCAACACCAUUUGUACCGUUCACUGUCCUGCAUUACAAGUGUGCAGCUGGUGUCAUGGUGACGGCAUCACACAAUCCAAAGGAAGAUAAUGGCUACAAAGUUUACUGGCAGAACGGUGCUCAGAUAAUUCCACCACAUGACAAAGGCAUCCAGGAAACAAUUUUGAAGAACUUGCAUCCAUGGGACAAGUCAUGGGACACAUCCAUUCUGAGCACCAGUGAGCGUCUAAUAGAUCCUCUUCAUGAGGCUAUGGACUGCUACAUGAGAGCCCUCGCACGGGAUAUGCUUGAACCAGAGCUGAAUUUGAGCAGCAAAAUUGAGAUUACAUAUUCUGCAAUGCAUGGUGUAGGUUACCCAUACAUGGUACAGGCAUUCAAGGCUGCAAAUUUUAAGCCAUUUGUGGCCGUAGAAGAACAGAAAGAACCAGAUGCAGAUUUUCCAACUGUAAGAUUUCCAAAUCCUGAAGAAAAGAGUGCUCUUGAUCUGUCCAUAGAGACAGCCAAUAUGAACAACUCAACGGUCAUCUUAGCAAAUGACCCUGAUGCCGACCGGCUUGCAGUGGCUGAGAAGCAGUCAGAGGGGGAUAAUGAGUGGUAUGUAUUUUCUGGAAAUGAGCUGGGAGCUCUUCUGGGCUGGUGGUCCUGGUAUAGCCAUCGUAGGCGCAAUCCUGAUGAGAAUCCCUCUCAACUUUAUAUGAUGGCUAGUACAGUCUCCUCCAAGAUUCUCAAGACCAUAGCAGCUGCUGAAGGCUUCAAUUUCAUUGAGACCCUGACAGGCUUCAAAUGGAUGGGCAAUAUGGCUGCAGAGCUGCAGGGGCAAGGCAAGACAGUUCUGUUCGCAUUCGAAGAAGCAAUAGGUUUCAUGUGUGGAACUGAGGUCCUAGACAAAGAUGGGGUUUCUGCCGCCAUUCGAGUAGCAGAAAUGGCAGCAUUUCUCAGCAACAAAGGAAUGACAUUAAAGGGCAAACUACAUGAAUUAUUCUCAAUGUAUGGGUACCACAUCAGUGAUAAUUCAUAUUUCUUGUGCUAUGAGCAGCCUGUCAUUGAGCGUUUGUUUGGAAGAUUACGUACAUUUUCAGGUUCACCAAACACGUAUCCCCAAUUGCUGCUGGGUGGAAAAUACAAAGUGACAUCUGUACGUGAUCUAACAAGUGGCUAUGAUUCUUCACAGCCUGACAGAAAGGCAGUUCUGCCUGUUUCUCGAUCCAGUCAGAUGAUCACUUUCACAUUUGACAAUGGAUUAGUGGCAACUCUGCGUACUAGUGGUACAGAACCGAAAAUAAAGUACUACACUGAACUUUGUGCACCACUUACAGAAAAAAACCUGAAAGUGAUACAAGAUACACUCAAUGAAAUGGUGACAGAAAUCAUCAGUGAAUUCCUUCAGCCUGAUAUAAAUGGACUUAUAUCAAGGAGCAGCUAGUCAUAUUAUGUCAUAUUGACUGAAAAUGUCAUUUUCUGUUCUCUAAAUGUGCAGUGGAACCUGCUUAAUAUGUUUUAGUGCCCAAGAUUCACACUUUUAGUCACAAAGAUUUCCCAGUAGGGCUAAUGUAUUUUCAAUGCACUUAGUGUGUUGCCCACAUAAGAAGCAUCAGCCUAAUGUUAUGAAAUAACAUUUUAUAAAUUUAGUGUCUAUUUCUGUGUAGUUACUUUUUCCCAAGCAGACUCAUUCAUUACAAAAUUUACCCACUUCACACAUCUUAAACUGACUGGAGCUUGAGGGUCAGUCACAUGUGACAGCUUGUCUCUCACACUUUGCUGGUGUAGAAAAGGAGCUAAACCUAUGCAGUCAGACAUUUUCUGUAUUUCUGAUGAACAUUUUAUAAAUCUGAAGAGCUCUGUCUUAUGGGAUAUAAUGCUGUGUAGUCCACUGAUAUUCAAUCACCAUUUUGUAAGAACAUACCACCUCCCUCUUCAGGGGGUGAAGAGUUAGCUAAGUAAGAAUCCAGCAUGUGGCAGGCAGCAAGUCAGUUGACUUUCAGCGGACUACUGUUGAUCCCAAAUUUAAGAUAUUUCUGGAUUAUUAUUUUUAACUUAAUAACAAUUUUCACCAAGUUAAAGAGAAGUACUAUCAAGAAGAAUAAACAUCACUGUGUGCGCACACACACAUCUGUAGUGUCAUUGCCCAUACAAAGGUAAUAAGCACACUUAUUUAUGUGGUAAUAUUCCACCAACAGGAAGAAAAAACUUGAAUCUAUUUCAUGGUUCUGCCAAACCGCAAAUAUUCAGUGCCACAGUUUUCUGUCAAAAUAUGGUUGUACUUGCGCAUUUUCAUUCACAUUUACCAACUACAGCUGUUUUAUUAUUCCAUUUGGCAACACAGUUUCUAAACUGUGGCCAUUUGCACUGCCCCUUGUUUUAGACUUUGUGGUAGGUAACAUCCAUCAUUUACACCUUCUUCUUCAUCGAGUAUAUGCUCAAUAGUUUUUUUAUUUUGCUUGAUAUUACAAUGAAAACAGGCAUUUUGAGCAUGGAUAUUAUAUACAUACGAGAUUUGAGGCCUUCAGGGCGGUUAUGAUACAUACGGUUGUCUUCUGGGUUGAUACUGUAGCCUAGGAGGGUGGGUACAAGAUUACAUGAUGUCAUAACCCAGAAGACAACAAUAUGAAGGAUAUUGCAGCAGUCAGUCAUUGUUUUAUUAUUACAUACAAACUAUUGUAAUGAACAGUGAAUAUGAAUAUUAUUUUGAGCUUUCAUUUUAAAGAAUCAUUUUAUACACCAGUUUACUCCGAAAAGGGUUUGUAUAGGCAUAUGUGUCAUUGUAUGUUAAUUAAAGUAUUCACAUUCCUAAUACUGCAUUUGUUAAUUUGAAGGCUGAAUUAAAUCAUGUAAGUUAAAGAUCUUCAAAUUUUGUAAUAUUUUAAAUAUUUGAUAUACAAGAUGAAUCAUGUUUUUGUUAUGAGAUCAUCAAAAUGUGCAAAAACAAAUAAAAUGGAACUUCAGUUAUGGCAGAUCAUUACCAAAAGAUAAGAGUUUAGAACAGAGAUUUUCGGUUUCAGCCAGUGAGUCACUUGUUACUGUAUCUGAAACAAUUUAAAUAUUUUAUCUGGCCUACGGAAGUACCAAAUACACUAUGUAUUGACAAACACUAUAAUUUAUAAGAAAUCUUGUAAAAAAUCCAAAGUGAACAUAUUAUGUGAUGUAUUUCUUCACACUGAAGUAUAAGACAUUAGUUUGGUGAAGCCUGCCAUCUGUCUUUUGUGGUGUUGGAGUACUUUCCCAUGAUUCUUAUCUUAUUCUCAGUGGGCAGAAGGCUGUCUCAAUUGUGCUACAACUACAACAGCACUAAGAUCUGACAUCAAACACAAUGUAGAAACUACUGCCUCAUUUCAAGUGGCAGUUAUUAUAAAGUUCCACACUUAUUUAGCACAUCAAGAUUACAUAUUUAGAAAUGAUAGUAUCCACAUCUCUAGUAGCAUGUAGCAGGUUAUCUUUCAAAUUCUAGUUUUUCCUCAAUGGAGCAGCCUUUUGUUUUGGAAUUAGUUUCCAGGUACAUUGUAAAUUAUAUGUCUGUAGUUCAGUAUUCACAAUGCACAUUUAGAUUACAUACAGUGUAAUAUAUAUGAGAAACUAAAUUAAACAGAACUGGUUAUGGCUCUUAUCUUAAUAAAUCUGAAAAACAAUGAUGAA